AGGAGGAUUCGGUUUCUGGACGUCAGUUCCAGCUACAUUCUUUCUGUGCUCGCAACACCAAGUCGAUACCGGGCUCUGCCGGCCCGUGUUGUGGUCCAACUGCCAAUUCUCGUCGGGAGUCCAUGUGGGGACGCCACUCAGCACUUAGAACCCUCUUAGCCUCCUUGGCCUGGCCCGCCGUUGCUCAAUCCAGAGUAUUUACAGUCGGUGGGAAAAGGGGCCUCCCUCAGGCUCUUGUGAGCUUCGCCCCGCGAUCUGGGAUCUGAACUGCAAUCUGAAGGGAAGAGCGCCGUCAAGGCCGUCCGCUCCUUGUGCUCCACGUUCAGCACCUUCACGCUCUCCUUCCACGACGAGAUGGAACCAUGUACAAUGGCACCGGUAGCAAAGUCGGGCCAGGAUGCAAAAUCCAAGGACAUGAAAUCGAAAGAGAUUUCCAGCAAAUGCCCACCACUGCCUCUUGAGUUAUGGAUUCGCAUCAUUGGCUUUGUCACAGACUCGCGGUACAUCCCCCGUGCCUGGCUCAACUUCCGGCGGGUCUCGUCAUCUUUCAAGGCCGCAACAGAGCUUGCUUUCAGCGACAGGCACCUCAGAAACACCGAGAUAAUCUUCAGAGAUUACAAUUUCCAACUCAAGCAUGUCCCAGCGGUUGCUGCUGCCCUCGAAAGCGCCGGCAACAGCGGUGAGCUUGUGGGCAGUGCACCCUUCCACCUCAAGUUUGUCUUGAAGUACCAGGGGCUGUCGGAGGAUCGCACCCGGGCGAUUUUCAAGAGAGAACCUAUCGGCGAGGAGGUUGGCAGACUCGCACUUCCGGAGCACGGGUGCACUCUCGCAGAGCUGGCGGCGACAAGGUGGCAGCACAUAUCUCAGUCGUGGUACACCGCCGGCCAAGAGCGGCUCCGACAGCCGGCCACACCAUUACCUGCAGCCUGCCCGGCAGCCGCACACGUUAUCACCACCCGCCGCGUGGCCAACGACACAGCACUCCCAGGCUUUCAGGUCCAUCUCGUGCAGGGAGACAAAUGUGGAGACCACAAUGACGACAUCGGCACAUCAGGGCACGUCUCGGUCCUCUGGCAGCCCAUGCUGAGCCAACUAUUCGGAGAGGAAGAGUACAUCAAGUGGGCCAAGAAGGUAGACUACCAGCAUUCCCCCAUGCGCAAGAAUCUCGAUGCCAUCUCCGCCAUGGUCCGCACCGGCGAGCUGCCGCUCGACGAGUUCUUCACGCUCAUGUCCGACUACACAAGCAAGAGCAGCCGUCGGGUGCUUGAUCUUGUCCGGCAAGAGCGGCUCCGCCGACAGACUGCUUGCUCUGCCGCAGAAGGCGAUUUAAGCCCGUCGACACCAAUCAACUGCUCCAACGUGGAACUGGAUGUCAUCGAGCGUGCCAGAGAGAGCGUCUUCUGGGCCGAAUUCAUCGACGAGUGGCGCUUUCCGGGUAGUGAGGAGAAUGAGGGCAACUUCUACGAUGGCACCGGCCGCUUGUUCGAGGGGAAUACCGAGAUCAACAAACCCGAGGACGACGCCGCAGUACAGGCCAAGAUGGAGGAUUGUGAAGUGCCUGGCGCUAGCUGGUAUGCUGGUUCGGACUGCUCAGAGGACGACGACAUGAGUUCGGAUUGGUAGAUGGAGGGGAUGACAGCGAGGAUGAGCCCUACUCCGAGGACGGCUCUU